AGCUAUUGCAGUAUGGCCAUAGUAUGACAGUGUAAUGAAUUUCUUAUUGUUACAUUUUUAAUUUUUCUUCUUGAGCAAUCAGUUGAUUUUUUAUUUUCUGUAGGAGUUCCUUUUUAACAGAGUCUGGAACAAGUGUUCUUGCUUUAGUUGUAACCAUUGAAAGCAAUUUAUCAUAAGUAAUAUCAUGACCAUGUUCUUUUAUUAAAUCCUUGCAGAUUAAUUUUACUUGAUCUCUCCAUCCACAUUCAACUAAUCGACGACGUAGCAACUCUUUUAGCCUAAAAGAGAUGGCAUCAACACGAGUAAUCAAUUGCUUUUCGUACAAAAGACUUGUAGCAGUCUCUAGCCUAAAAAAUGUAUACAUUCUUUCUAAUUUUAGUAUUAAUUCUAAUUUUCGACAAAAUGCAUUAUAUUGUACGAAAAAAUCAAUUGCUAAAACAGAUUAUGUUGAACAUGAAAAUAAAAUACAAGUUGGAUUUGCGGAUGUAGUUAAAGAAAAUACAAAAUCUAUUGGAUACUUAGGUGUAAUAAUUGGUGGUAUAGGAAUUACUGCCUUCAUGUUUUAUAUGAUUUUUGACGAAUUAUUUUCCAAUAAAAGUCCAAACAGCGUAUAUAGUAAAGCAUUAGAUCGCUGCAUCAAACAUCCUAAAGUAACAGAUGCCCUAGGAGAACCAAUAAAAGCAUAUGGAGAAGAGAGCAGACGUGGACGUAGAAGUCACAUAAGUCAUAUUAUCUUUGAAAAGGAUGGAGUACGUCAUAUGAGAAUGAAAUUUUAUAUUCAAGGUAUAAGGAAACGCGCAACUGUGAAUUUAGAAGUGCAAGAAGAUGAAUCUGGCAAUUAUAUGUACAGAUAUUUAUAUGUACUUGUGGAUGAUAUUUUGCAAACUAUUAUUAAAAUAGAAGACAAUAGAGAACAAAAGAGGAGCUCCAGUACUGAAGCAGAACUUGAAUGGAAUUAAUAUGUUAGAUCUUUCUAAUUAAUAUUUAGUAUAUUAUGUACAGAAACGAUUACAAUCGAUUAUUUUAAAUACACUUCUGUAAAAUUUGUGUCAAAUAAAUAUGGUGAUACUUGAAAGAAAA